AGCGAGUUCAGCCAAGGCCGUCAUCUACUUCACACAUUAGCAAACGUGCUGCCCUCGCUUCUAAGCAAUCACCAAGCAUACCCCGUGCCCCUCCCUAGCCAUGCCUCGAUUUCACGUUCCGAUCGUCGCGCUGGUUCUUGUAUCUGCUCUGGUCGCGGCAAACUUCUCGGAUGUGAACGCCCAGUCUUACAUGGCCAUCAAGGCCGCGGCAGCCCGAAAGACCGCUAACGACGCGGAAGCGGUGACGAACGCCGCGCUGGCGGAAUACAACACCAAGCUCAAGGCGGAGCAGGCGAUCCAGAAGCUCAUCGACGACGCGAACGCCGCUCUGGUAACCUCCCAGACGAAUCUCGCGAAUACCAAGAAGCAGCUGGACGACGCGAGGACCAAGGCGGAGAAAGCGCGUCAGGAAAUGAUCAAGUUCAGGAGCGCACUACAGACGGAGCAGGACUACCAUGACGAGCUCGAGCAGCAAGCUGCGGAGUCGAUCGCAGACACGGAGGCGUUGGAGCUGGACAUCGUCCCCACGCAGCAGCAACUGGACUCGGCUAACGAGCUCGUUGCCGAACAGACCCUCAUCGCCAAGGAGGCCACCGCCGAUUCCACCUACUACGCGCGCCGCGCCGCGAAGCUCAAGACGCCCGAGGCGCAGGCGGCGGCCGUCGAAGCGCAGGCGAUCCGCGCGCAGGCGAAUCGUAUCCUGGGCGCGCUUAAGAGGCAGGCCGCGCUCGCGAAGGAUGCCCUGGAGGCGAUGCAGUACGAUCUGGCCACCGCGCGGAAGGACAAGAUCGACACGAGGAUCGCCGCGGACGCGCACAACGUUGACCUGAACAAGGCGAAGAAGGACGCGAAGGAUGCGGAGGGGGUGUACUACAAAUACGUGGGCGACACGAAGACGCUUCCGAAUGCGAUCAAGACGCUCAUGGCCGACGUUCAGGUGAAGACGACAGCCGCGGCGAAGGUGACGAAAGACAACAAGGCCCCGCUUGGGGUGGCCGCCAGCAUUCGCGCGGCGGCCGAGACCAAGUUCAAUCAGGCCAAGGCGCGUUCUGAUUCGCUCAAAGCAGCUGCGGAUCAGGCGGACGUGGAAUCCGCGGCGUACGACAAGGCGCACUCCGUCAACUGGAAUAACGGCAACGGCAACGGCAACGGCAACGGCAAGGGCAACACUGGCACCACCGGCACCACCGGCACCACCGGCACCACCGGCAACACCGGCAACACGGGCACCACCGGCAACACCAGCACCACCGGCACCACCGGCAACACCGGCACUACCGGCACCACCAGCAACACCGGCACCACCGGCACCACCGGCACCACCAGCAACACAGGCACCACCGGCACCACCGGCACCACCGGCACCACCGGCACCACCGGCACCACCGGCACCACCGGCACCACCGGCACCACCGGCACCACCGGCACCACCGGCACCACCGGCACCACCGGCACCACCGGCAGCACUGGCAGCACCGGCAACGGCAAACCGAAAUAAGUACUAGUCGUUCAUGCGACGCGGCGGCAAGGCUAUACGCGUGUUCUUCCGCCGUCUGAUCAUCCGGUUUUUUCCCCCGCAUCGUAGAAAUACGUCGUCCAAAAUGUGUCCGAAAAUUGUCUCGACGACAAUGUGCCCAAGAAGGAGUCCCCCCGAAGCGGCGGAACUUUCCGACCUAGGAAAUGCCUUCUGGAGCUUUUCAACGCUCGCCGUCUCGGGGAGAUGCAUGGUUAUUAGGCCACAAACUGUGCACUAAGGAAUAAAGGCACUGUGUAACGCGUUCUUGAGUGGGCUUUC